UCCACCCUUCCGCAUCCCUUGUCCUGAUCAUUCUCAAACGCAUCGAUAUCUUAAGCCCCCCUUUUGAGUUUGUGUGUGCAUUUGUUUUAAUCUCCCACCUCCACCAGGCUCGCAUUAGUCCCAACCAACUUUAUUUUUCCACAAUGGGAGGUUGUGCGAGCAAACCCAAGGGUAUGGAUCUCCACCCAAGCGAGGUUUCCGCUACACCCACAAACAAGCCCCAGACCCAGGCAACUGAGAUCGUUACUCAGGGAAAUAAUGAUGGAGGUAAGAGUGCAUCAACAACAUUGGUGGACCUGUCCAAAUCCAACGAAACAAAACAGGACAAAGCUGGUGGAGAUGUUGAGCUUGAGCCUGCCUCUGGAGUUCCUAAUUAUGAUAAAUCAACUGCUCUCAACCUUACCCAAGCGGAGAAAGUCGAAGGCAUUGCCAAAGAAUCAGAGGACAAGAGUGAGGCUAUUGUCAAGAACACUCAGACCAAGGAGGGCCACCCUAGGAUGACGAUUGGUGCGGAUGCCGCCAAAUUAGAUGCCACUCCAACUCCAACCUCUGAACCCAAAAACAUGGCACCCCUUGAUGUAGCGAUCUAACCUAACCAUACUUUUUAUUUGUUUUCUAUAUACCUAUAUUCAACUCAUCCAUAUAUUCAUAUUAACUCCACUUAUCCUUCUAUUCAAAUUUCACGAAACCAACCAACAAUUCUUGAUUAUGUAUAUUAUUCACCAUCUUCUACUUAAUCCACUUUAAUUAUGCUAAUUAUGCAUAACAAACA